AUGCACCCUCAGCAGUUGGUUGUCUCCUGGUUUUCCCUGGUUUUGCUGGCAUCUCCCAUCAUGGCUAUAUGGGAACUGGAGAAAAAUGUUUAUGUUGUAGAAUUGGAUUGGUAUCCUGACGCCCCUGGAGAAAUGGUGGUCCUCACCUGCGAUACCCCUGAAGAAGACGGCAUCACCUGGACCUCAGACCAGAGCAAUGAGGUCUUGGGUUCUGGCAAAACCUUGACCAUCCAAGUCAAAGAGUUUGGAGAUGCUGGGCAGUACACCUGUCACAAAGGGGGCGAGGUUCUGAGCCAUUCGCUCCUGCUGCUUCACAAAAAGGAAGACGGAAUCUGGUCCACUGAUAUCUUAAAGGACCAGAAAGAGCCCAAAAAUAAGAGCUUUCUAAAAUGUGAGGCAAAGAAUUAUUCCGGACAUUUCACCUGCUCGUGGCUGACAGCAAUCAGUACUGAUUUGAAAUUCAGUGUCCAAAGCAGCACAGGCUCCUCUGACCCCCGAGGGGUGACGUGUGGAGCAGCGACACUCUCAGCAGAGAGGGUCAGAGUGGACCACAGGGAGUAUAAGAAGUACACAGUGGGGUGUCAGGAGGGCAGCGCCUGCCCAGCUGCCGAGGAGAGCCUGCCCAUUGAGGUCGUGGUGGAAGCUGUUCAUAAGCUCAAGUAUGAAAACUACACCAGCAGCUUCUUCAUCAGGGACAUCAUCAAACCAGACCCACCCAAGAACCUGCAGCUGAAGCCAUUAAAGAAUUCCCGGCAUGUGGAGGUCAGCUGGGAGUACCCUGACACCUGGAGCACCCCACAUUCCUACUUCUCCCUGACAUUUUGUGUUCAGGUCCAGGGCAAGAACAAGAGAGAAAGGAAAGAUAAACUCUUCACGGACAAAACCUCAGCCAAGGUUAUGUGCCACAAAGAUGCCAACGUCCGCGUGCAAGCCCGGGACCGCUACUACAGCUCAUCCUGGAGCGAAUGGGCAUCUGUAUCCUGCAGUUAG